AUGGAGAAGCAAGGCGUGGUGCAGAGGUCGGCUAGGUCGACGACCUCGUCGCCUUCGGGCGAUAAGGACAUGAUGUCGUAUAACGACAUGGACCUCGAGGGAUCGCGCAUCCGCGGUAUCGAAACGUCGGCGGAGACGUCGCUACACCGCGGUCUUAAAGCUCGUCACAUUACUAUGAUUGCUAUCGGUGGUGCUAUCGGAACAGGUCUCAUCAUCGGAACCGGUAAGGCUCUCGCGCAAGCCGGUCCGGGCUCUAUCUUUAUCUCGUACACUCUCGUCGGUAUGAUCGUCUACCUGGUCAUGACCGCUCUCGGCGAGAUGGCUGCUUGGCUUCCUAUGUCUGCUGGUUUCACCGGUUACGCUUCUCGGUUCUGCGAUCCCUCGCUCGGGUUUGCGCUCGGUUGGACAACGCGCUGGAUGAUCAAAACUAACCCAUCAAUCUCAUACAGUUACUGGAUAAAAUACAUCAUCGUCACACCUAAUCAGCUUACAGCCGCAGCUCUGGUUAUACAGUUCUGGCUGCCUCGAGACCAAGUCAACCCGGGUGUUUGGAUUGCCAUAUUCCUCGUCGCCAUCAUCUUUAUCAACUAUUUCGGUAUCCAAUUCUUUGGAGAAUUCGAAUUCUGGCUGUCAAGUUUCAAAGUUGUCGUUAUCAUCGGUGUCAUCCUCCUAUCUCUCAUCAUCGCUUGCGGCGGCGCAGACGGCGACCCGAGGGGAUUCCGAUACUGGAGAGAUCCUGGCGCUUUCGUUCCUUACAUCGCAACAGGUUCCUGGGGUCAGUUCCUCGGAUUCUGGUCUACUAUGGUCACUGCUACUUUCGCUUAUCUGAGUACCGAGCUGGUCGGCGUGACGGUCGGCGAGGCCCAGAACCCGCGCAAGACCAUCCCUCGCGCUAUCAAGCUCACCUUCUACCGAAUCGUCAUCUUCUACUGCGUCAGCAUCCUCUUGAUCGGUAUGUGCGUGCCUUAUAACGCUAAAGAGCUCGUCUUCGCCGUCAACCCGGAUAAGGAUCCCAACAAGAAGGUCGGUGCCAACACCUCCAACGCCAGCGCCUCUCCCUUCGUCGUCGCCAUCAAGCUCGCUCACAUCCCGGCCCUCGACCACAUCCUCAACGCCUGCAUCCUCCUGUUCGUCUUCUCCGCCGCCAACUCCGAUUUGUACAUCGCCAGCCGAACCCUCUACGGCCUGUCCUCGGACGGCGCGGCCCCCGCCAUCUUCAGACGGACCAACCGCAAAGGUGUACCUCUAUACACCCUCUUCACCUCCGCGGCGUUUGGUCUUCUCGCUUUCUUGAACGUCUCCGACGACUCCAAGCAGGUCUUUACCUACUUUGUCAACCUGACCACCAUCUUCGGCCUCCUAACGUGGAUCUCGAUUCUGGUUACGCACAUCUGGUUCGUGAGAGCUCGCCGCGCGCAGAACCUGACCAACGACAUGCUGCCGUACUCGGCGCCGCUGGGCGUGUGGGGUUCGUACGUGGCGCUGUUCAUGUGCAUCCUAAUCGCGCUGACCAAGAACUUUGACGUGUUCACGGGCGACUGGAAUACCAAGUACGCCACUUUCAUCACGGGCUACCUAGGAAUCCCCAUCUACUUGAUCCUGAUCUUUGGACACAAGGCCUGGACCAAGAGCAAGGGCGUCCGUCCUCACGAGUGCGAUUUCUACACCGGCAAAGACCUCAUCGACCGAGAGGAAGAGGAGUUCCUCGCCGCCGAAGAAGCUAAGCGCGCGGCGACACCUGAGACUAGACAGGGUCUGGCGCGCUUCUACAGGCGCUUCGUUUCUUGGCUGUUCUAG